GCGCACUUCGCUGCGUUCAUUCGCGGUCCGGACGGCUGACGCGACGGAUGGUGCCUGUGAAGUGUGCUCGUGCGGUAGUCUUGCCUUCCACCCACUGGUUCCCACGUACAUAUACGUGGUGUCAUCGUCGGUGUCAGUGACAGCCGGUCGCCUCCAGCGCUCACCGCCGGCGAAUACCAACCUCUUCGUCCGCUUAUCGAUCCGCCCUCAAGGUCGCGCCGAUCGGCGACACCAGGAAGCGCCCACAUCGCCGGUAAUCCCGAGGAGAGGCGGGAAUCCAGGCACAGGAGGACCCUCGUCGAGGAAGAGGAAGGCUGUCGCCCGACAUCUAGUCCCGUCAGGCACCCGACCACCAGCCGGCGAUGCCUGCACCGACGUCAGCUGCGGGUGCGGCCGAGGGCGGCCCACCUCGCACCGAACUGCAGGAGUUACAGCUCAAGGCCGGUCAGACCACGGAUGAGUCUCUGGAGAGCACGAGGCGUAUGCUGGCGCUAUGCGAGGAGAGCCACGAGGUCGGGAUGAAAAGCCUCGUAAUGCUGGACGAGCAAGGCGAGCAACUGGACCGGAUCGAGGAGGGCAUGGACCAGAUUAACGCCGACAUGAGAGAGGCCGAGAAGAAUCUCACCGGAAUGGAAAAGUGCUGCGGCCUUUGCGUUCUUCCCUGUAACAAAGGCGCCAGCUUUAAGGAGGACGAGGGCACGUGGAAGGGCAACGACGACGGCAAGGUCGUGAACAACCAGCCCCAGCGGGUGAUGGACGACCGCAACGGCAUCGGGCCCCAGAGCGGCUACAUCGCCAAGAUCACGAACGACGCGCGCGAGGGAGAGAUGGAGGAGAACAUGGGCCAGGUGAACACGAUGAUCGGCAACCUGAGGAACAUGGCGAUCGACAUGGGCAGCGAGCUCGAGAAUCAGAACCGGCAGAUCGACAGGAUCAAUCGCAAGGGCGAGUCGAACGAGACGAGGAUACAGGUGGCCAACGAGCGAGCUCAUCAGCUACUCAAGUAAAGCGGCCGCAUUCACAGUCGACCACCACGUCGGUCGCCACGAGCAUCACUACCAUCACCCUCCACCACCACCACCACCACCGACAACAACAACAACAACAAGAACAAUACAAGAACAACAACACCGACACCAACAAUCAGCACAACUUACACUCGACAGUCCACUCGAUUGUUUGCAAGCGGUCUAUCUUAUUCGCGUUUCGUUCGUUGUCUCUUCAUUUGCAUCUAAAAAAAAAUAUCGAGUUUGACCAAACAAGCUUGAGAGGUAUAUACUUAAUGUUGCCGAAAUACUUAACCCUAAACUUGACUAAGUUCUGUAAAAAAAGAAAAAAAGAAAAAAAUACGUAAUUCUGUUUCCCCGUUAAUCAGAAUUAUUUUUUGGUUUUACUUUAAUUUUUUAAAAUAAGUAUCGUGUGGAUUGUAUACACUCUCUUAUGUGUAUUAGGAUGUUUAAAAGUCAUCACUUAAAUGGACUUCUGAUCUUUUAGACGAGUUUUAUUUGUAUUGUCGUGGAGGUGUCUCUUCUUUUUGCGCGUAUAUAUAUAUAUAAUUAUCAUAAUUGCAUAAUCUGCUUUACAAAACAAUGCAGCUCAGGAAAAAAACUUGUGUAAAAAAUAAAUGCUGAAUUUGUUGUCA